AUGUGGAGACAAUUGAAUAAACUGUUCUUUUGGGGCAUUUUUUCUUCUCUCACAUUACAAAAAGCUGCCCUGGAUUGUGACACGAGAAGAAUAAACAAACUCCUUUCUCCAAGUUUGGACUCAGAAGCAAAAGUGGUCAUGAGGGGUCAAAAUGUAUCGCUAAUUUGUUCCAACCAGAACAAAUCACUACAGAUCACCUAUUUUUUGUUUCGGCGUGAGAAACACCUGAGAACCCAUGAUGGAAAAAGUGAACCCAUGAUUUUUAACCUAAGCAUCUCAGAAGCCCAUGAGCUGGGCCCCUACAAAUGCAAAGCCCAAGUUUCUAACUGUUCAGUGGUCAAAUACAGUCGCGAGUUCAACUUUGUAUUUGUGGACCCAGUGAUCACACCAGUGUUGAACAUUCAUGUCAUUAACAUGGAAACAGACCGACAUAUAAUACUACAUUGUAGCUCAUUCAGCGGCUCUCUGCCCAUCACUUAUACUUUCUUUGAGAAGGAUAUUGCCAUAUCACCACCUAUUUCCAAGCAUGUAAGGGAGCCUGCUGAAUUCAACGUAAGCAAGAACAACACUGGAGAAAAGGAGGAGUACAGGUGCAAAGCUGAAAACAAGUUGCCUGACCACGAGAGAUACAGUCAGCCAGUCUCCAUCAAUCCCCCACCAAGUAAGGGUGGAGACGGCUGUCCCUUCUGCCUGCAGCUACUGCUUCCGGGGUUAUUGCUGGUGCUAAUCGUAAUAAUUCUGGCUCUGGCAUUUUGGAUACUACCAAAGUACAAAGCAAGAAAAGCUAUGAGAGAUAAAGCACCCGGAGACUAUGGAAAUACGGCCAGGGAAGUUAGAAUAUAUGCAAAUAUCUGUGAAAAUCAAGCAGGUAAGGAAUCUGCACGAGGCUUGGAACCAAGGCAGUGUGUUCCCACAGCCCAAGAUGGAACUGGAUGCUCCCAGGGGAUACAUUAUGCUACCCCUGUGUUCCAGAAGGUGGCACCAAGAGUUCAUGAAGCCUGUAAUGAUUAUAAAACUGGAUAUAUCUAUUCUGAACUCAUCUUCUGAAAUUUAAAGAUACAAGCUACAUCUCAGAUUAAGAUCCUUUUUAUAAAGCUGAUUU